AUGGAGGAGUCGACCAAGACGCUGGCCGAGUCGCUCAGCAUCGUCAAGGUCCAGCGCGUGCAGCUGAAGCGCUACCUGGACAUGGACCACGUCAUGGACGCGCUUAAGAGCGCGUCGACGAUGCUCAGCGAGCUGCGCACCUCCAGCCUCACGCCGAAGCACUACUACGAGCUGUACAUGGCCGUGCUGGAUGCACUGCGCCACCUCUCGAUCUACCUGUACGAUGCGCAUACCGGUGGCAAGCACCACCUUGCCGACCUCUACGAGCUCGUGCAGUACUGCGGCCACAUUGUGCCGCGCCUCUACCUCAUGAUCACCGUCGGCAGCGUGUACAUGUCCGUCCCCGACGCGCCCGUCAGGGAGAUCAUGAAGGACAUGACGGAAAUGAGCCGCGGCGUCCAGCACCCGACGCGCGGCCUCUUUCUGCGCCACUACCUCUCGACCACAACCCGUGAUCACCUGCCGACAGGCUCCGAGCCCGGGCCGGCCGGCGACCUGUCCGACAGCAUCAGCUUCGUGCUCGCGAACUUUGUCGAGAUGAACCGGCUGUGGGUCCGGCAGCAGCAUCUCGGCCACUCGCGCGAGCGCGAGAAGCGCGAGAUGGAGCGUCGCGAGCUGCGCAUUCUCGUCGGCACGAACCUCGUGCGCCUCAGCCAGCUCGAUGGCGUGUCGCUCGAGCUGUACCAGCAGACGAUCCUCCCAUCCAUCCUCGAGCAGGUCAUCCACUGCAAGGAUGCCAUUGCGCAGGAGUACCUCAUGGACGUCAUCAUCCAGGUCUUCCCCGACGACUUCCACCUGCACACGCUGCACCUCGUCUUGUCCGCAUGCACUCAGCUGCAUCCCAAGGUCAGCGUCAAGCAGCUCGUCAUCGCGAUGAUCAACCGCCUCGCCGCGUACGCGUCGCGUGAGGCGGACAACGAGGCGCCCGAGGAGCGCCAGCGCCAGGAAGACGCAGCCCGCGCCCGCCUCGCGGCCCAAGUCCGUGCGAGACGGCCGCCGUCCACUACGCCGCCGCCGUCGCACAUCUGGUACACGAUCGCGCAAGAACAGAGCACGAAGCGCGACUCAUGGCGCCUCCUCUUGACGGACCUCGAGCAUGCGCUCCCCGACGACGGCGAUAACAUCUGGAGCGAUACGGCACGGCCGACGCCCCAGCCCAAUCUGUGGGAGCCUGUGCCGCCUGAGGCGCCCGUCGAUGCGGACGAGGCGCCAGCCGCCGACCUGCCUGCGCCCCCCGCGACGUUCCGCGGCAUUCCGCACGACGUACACCUCUUCGAGGUGUUCUGGGAGCAGAUCCAGCACCUCAUGCAGGCACGCACGGACCUAUCGAUGCAGGACAUCUCGGCGCUGCUCCUCUCGCUGCUCAACCUUUCGCUCAACUGCUACCCGGACCGCCUCGAGUACGUCGAUCAGGUGCUCGGCUUUGCGCGCGAGAAGCUCAGCGAGGCCCUCGAGGCCGGCGACAGCACGGUCCUCGCACCACAGAGCCACUUCCACAUGCUGCUCCUCGCGCCCAUACAAGCGUAUGACAGUGCGCUCACGCUCCUGGGUCUGCCGCAGUUCCACGCCCUGUGGUCCAUGCAGCUGCCUCUCACGCAGCGCGCCAUCGCCCAGGCCAUCGUGUCCUCGAUGCUGCGUCGCCACACACUCGUUUCGUCACCUGCCGACGUCGACGGGAUCCUCGGCCUGUGUGCGCCGCUCUUGCAGUACCAGCCUGACGUGCCGGACCCGAGUCUCCCGGCGCAGGCAGCGAUCCUCGAUGAGUUGCGUGCGCAGCACGGCGCCCUCGCCCGGCUCGUGCACCUGUUCUACGCAGACGACGUGCAAGUGCAUCUCGCGCUGCUGCACACCGUCCGGCAGCACUAUAGUCAGGGCGGCGACGCGAUGCGACACAUCUUCCCGCCGCUGAUCCUCGAUGCCAUCGCCCUCCUUCGCCGCGUGCCGCGCGAGUCAGCUUGGGAGCGCAAGGUCCGCACCCUCUUCCAGUUCGUGCACCAGCUGAUCGCCGCGCAGUACCAUGCCGUCGAGACGCCCGAGCUGUGUGUGCGCCUCUUUCUCCUCGCGGCGGAAGUCGCUGACGAGGCACGCAUCGAAGACGUGGCGUACGACAUGUUCGUGCACGCAUUCACCAUCUUUGAAGAGAGCCUGACCGACUCGCGCGCCCAGCUCCAGGCGAUUGGCCUCGUGAUCAGCACACUGCACAAGGCCCGCGUCUUUGGCACGGACAACUACCAGACCCUCGCGACCAAGGCCGCCCUGUACUCGGCCAAGCUCCUCAAGCGGCCGCAGCAGGCCACGGCCGUGCUCAUGGCAAGCCACCUGUGGUGGCAGACCCCCACCGACGACGCGCCCUACGUCCGCAACGGCCGCCGCGUGCUCGAAUGCCUCCAAAAGACACUCCGCAUCGCCGACGCGUGCAUGGACCCACAUGCCUCGCUCGAGAUGCUCUGCGACGCCCUCAGCAAGUACAUCUACUACUUUGAGCUCGGCGUCGACACCGUAUCGACGCAGCACAUCAACUCGCUCACGAGCCUCCUGGCCCAGGCGCUCGAUGGCGCGCCGACCGACGACCCAGACACGCCCCCGGCUUCGUGGCACACGGCCGCACCCGUCGACGCACCGACCCAAGCCACGCGCCGUCACUUGGUGCAUCUCCUGCGCUACGUUGAGAUGCGCAAGCGCGAGGCACUCGAGCAAGACUCGUCACCCACCGGCCCCGACUGGCACGGCCUGCAAACCAAGGCACUGCUGUCGCGCAUGACAUAA